GCCGUCUUCAAUCUCGCGGUUUCUCUUUUGAUGCUCUUCCGUGACUCGAUUAAACCUGCAUCAGGAUUAGAAGAGGGAACGUGACCAGGAAGUGGUUUCCAGGGUAACGGGCUGCUUGCUGUGCUCGGCUGUGCCGCCACCCCCUCCUACCCACCCGCGGGCGUGGACGGGCAAGGGCAGGACUCGGUGACGCAUCAGCCCAGAAGAUCCCAUAGAAUCUGCCUCUUCUGCCUAUCGUGGCUCCGCAACGAAAGUCCUCGGCUCCUUCUAGUUGGUGGAGCAUUGGCCACUCUCCAGCCUCGGGUGGUCUUUCUCUUUAAGGACGGUCCUUGGACGGAGAAGGCAGCUUCAGUGAAAAGAGAGUCCCUGCUUCGUGCCCUAAAGUCCCAAAACAGUCUGAAUUUUCCUGCCAUGGUACCCAUUAAGCCUAACGACGGUAGCCCGGGUCUCUAUAAUACUGUGAGGGAUAAAGAUGCCCUGCCCUCCGAUGCCAAGGGCAACCCGCCCAGCUCCUCUCUUGCGAAAGCCCUAGACGCAGUUAUAACAGCGGGUAGACGGGGCUUGCUGGGUCCUGCGGCGAUGGCGUCCCCUGUCCCCGCAUUGAACGUGGGCGGCUGCAACGGAGUAGCUUCUGGGGGUAACUUGAAUCGUAUUCCACUAGUGGCGGGAUGCGACCAGAGGAAGAGGGCAGUCAAUCAGAAACGUACCUCUGUAAUCACUGUGGUGCCCUCCGCAGAAGGUGUUGGAAAUCUGCCACCUAAACCAAAGGAAAUAUGGAUAUGUGGGAAUUCUGUGAUCUUGGCAUCGAAAAAAAGAGCGCAAAGUCACCCACAAGGAUUGCAGUUGGGCAUAUCACCUUCACGGGCAAAUGUAUUUUGGCAUGGCAUAGAAGACAUGAUGUGGACGCAACUUAUGCCUGCUCUGCAUGAAAUUUAUCAUAGCCGAUCUCCUCCUUCAGUAAUAAUAAUUCAUCUUGGUGAAGAUGAUCUGUUUCCUGAAAAUAAUACUUCAGUCAUUAUCUCAAUGAAAAAUGAUUUAGGCAUUCUUAAAAGAGCAUUCCCGGAUGCUGUUAUAGUUUGGUCCUCACUGUUACCAAGACGUAUUUGGAAAUACGAUCCAAAGCCUAGAUAUACGGAAACCGCUCAAAUUCUGGUUAACAAUAUAAUGGUAACCUAUUGCAAUAAAAUUGGUGUGCACUUUCUGUCACAUAAUUCAAUUACUUCUGAUAAAUCAGACCUCUUCUUGCCAGAUGUCAGUAAUCUGACUGAUGAGGGAGUUGAUAUCUUCAUAGCAGAUCUGAAGAAAGUAUUACGAUUGUAUCAGAUUUUGCAGUAGCUGGGAAAGCAUUUUUGAAAAGUAGUCUGUAUUUGUAUUUGGGAAGAUUGGUUUUAUUAUUACCUGAAAAAAAGGAGACAUGAGCUGACUAUAUACAAUAUAGCUUAAACUUUUCUCUCACAGAUAUGUCGCAGAUUAACAGAUGUGUUCCUAUAAAUAAGUUUUGGACUUCUGUAACAAAUGAAAAAAAUCUGUCUGUCUGUCUUACAUUAGGAAGACUUCAAAUGGGUGCAUUCAUCUUAAUGAAACUGAGUGUUUUACUCCCUUGGAGGGUUAUUGUAAAGUAACAUAACAUAAGAUGCUGUAAUGAAAAACACCACAAAUCUGUGAAGUAGACAUACCUGCGUGUGCCUUGUUUUUUUUUUUCUCCUAACCUUUAAAGAAACAGUUUCUAUGAUAUUUAAUUAAUAUAUCAGAAUAUAUGUAGAAACAUUGAAUAGGUUUUUUUUUUCUUAUAAUAAUAUCUGAAAGAAAUGGCUGAGAUUGGACAUCAUGAAAUAGUAUUUUGUAAAUAGCUGUUUUUCAAAAUAUUGUAUAUUUAACAUGCCUGUUGAACCACAGUUGAGAAAUAGCUUAAUCCAAGAGCCUAGUGCCAUUGAAGUAAGACAUUUGGGAACUUGUAAAGUUCUGUCCAAAACCAGCAGUAUUGUCUCAAAGAGGUGAUGCCAAACAAAAGUUGUUUUCUUGUAUGGCACACAUAGAAAAUUAUUAUGGCAUUUGGCAGCAUAUUGCUCUGUAUAUGUUUUGCUUUUUUCUUUACUUUAUUUUUGGGUGCUUAUAAGAUUAAAUACUUUAACAGUAUGGAUUCUAUUUUCUUAAUAUUAAUGCUUAAUAUUAGGAAUUUUCUGUAUUUUCUAUAUAAACAGUAUUCCUCAGUAAUAGUGGUUUAAAAAAACUAGCUAUAACAUUCAUAAUAAGUAAAAUAAAUUCAAGUGGAUUAGUUGGCCUGUCAGAGAAAAUACAAAUAACUAUAGCAACUAAACCUACAAAUUUAGCAAUAAUGACUUAGAUUUUAGAUUUCACAUAAUUGUUCCUUAAGGUGGGGGGGGGGAAUAAAAAAGGGAAAAAUGUUGCUGGUAAAAGUAUAAAGUAAGAGUAAAGAGCAAUGGAUAUGCACUUAAAAGGUGACUGCAUUGUUUUCCCCUCCCCUCCAUCUUGCCAAUUUCAUCUGAUAGCAUUCAAAGCUAGCUGUUAUUUCCAUAGUUAGUUGAAAAUGACAGGAAAAUCAUCCUUUUGUUUGUAGUUUUUAUAAGAAUAAUCAUCAGGUUAUUUAUGCCCCCUUUUUAAUGUUUCAUUAUAAAUCUACAAAUUACUAUUUCAUUGGGAGAUUUUGGACUGUACUGUACACUACAUAAUAACCAUAGAAUGUGUCCAUCCAUUUGUUAGCACUUAUUUAGACUGAGGAUGAUCCCAUGCAGAUGUCAAACACUGGGGGGAAAUAUUCCAGAAAUAUUAUGAAACUUUAAUAUGCCAUCUAUCAGUAUGUAUGAGUUAACAUCACUAUUCUAAAUAAUUCUUUGGCAGUCGUCACAUUAUCCAAAGGAGAUGAAGAUGAUUGACAUAAUAAAUUCACCUGUCUGUGAAUUGACUGUGGCAAAUGUUUCCUAACCCUUGUACAGUUUUAAUACUGUACAAUAUCACUAUAGGAAUUUAAUUAUAAUCUGUGAGGAAUAUAGAUGGGUGUGUGUGAGGAAGACUAUGGAAUGUAAAAACAAGUUCCAGCAAUCUCCAAAUACUAUUACAUCUUUAACGUUUCUGUAAAAUUCUUACACACAUUUUGACUUUUCAACUUAGUUUGUAAUUAAAACUUCUGUUCAGAUUUCAAAAUGAGUGAUUCUGAUUUUGGAACAAGUUAUUGCGAGCAUUCCAGAAGCACAGUAGUUUAUUGUUGAACAAGUUGUAAUACCCCUUGAUCAUUUUUUAUUCUGACUACAACAUAGAUAACUCCAUCCAACAUAGAUGGAGCACAUUCAAAGCUCAAGAAAGCUUGUUUCAAAUUCAGACUGCUUCCAUAAAACUGAAUGUGAUCUGUUUGAAGUUCCAUCUACCUGCUUUGGGGACAGAUCAAUGCAAUUAGUUAUUGAUCGCUAAUGCCUCCAAGCUGCAUCUUAAUUUGUUAGUAGGUCUAUCCCUUUGAAUUAGCUAGGUGUCCAUUAGUAACAUGAUCAUUUUAUUACAACUUCCAAGGGAGUUCUUGCUAACAAGUACAUUGGGAAAUUAAUAAGUGGCAUGGAACCAUACUGUAUGAUUCAGAAUAAAACAAGCAGUUUAGAGAACUGGAAAAAGGCAAAGAAAUGAAUCUUGAAUAAAGUUUAAAUUGCAAUAUCCCAACUCUGUAGUAGGGCAUAAUUAUUAUUUUCAUAGCAAUGGGUGUUUUGUAGAAUAACACAAUUAUUUUUACACUGUAGUGUAACUUGAUAGAUUUUUGAAAAACGCUAUAUAAUGUUUAGGGUUAUGUUAGGCUAACAUAAUCUGUUAAUGUCUUUAAUGAAAUUAUUUCAACACUUAUCUGCCAUCUGCAUUUUUCUGGGAAUAAAGAAUGUAUUUUUAUUGCA